CCUCACAGACGACACUGACUGAUGAACAGACCAGAGGAGCUGGGACUUCAUGCUACUUCAUGGUACUUCAUGGUACUUUUUUAUUUUUGUGUUAAACUUUUUUUUUCAGGUUUAAGGAAGUUUUUUCAAAACUGUUUUUUUUUUUUGUUCGUAACAGUUUAGCAAACGUGGCUAACCUUUAGUUUUUCUUUUUUUUUCUAAUCAUCAAAUCGUGUUUCUGAGUUGACCUUUGACCCUCUGUGUUUUUUUUUUGGGCUAAUAAUACACGCUACAUGUUCAGCUAACCUGUGCAGUUUUACCUCAUUAGCAGUUAGUGUUUCAACUGCGACCAAUCAGACGACUCGUCUGACCGUCCUUCGUCUGACGUCAUGUUUCUGACCUGGGUUUUCAUCAUCUCUGCUGCGUCACAUGGUAAAGCCCCCCCCCCGACCCCCCUCCUUCUAUUGUUUUGUACAUUUUUAACCCAAAUUGAUUUGUUGUUUUUUUUGUUUGUUUGUUUUUAUUCGUCUUCAGCUCUCGGCACAAACUCCGUUUUCUGUCCAGACCCAGAAACCGCCGCCUCCGGGUCAGACUUCCUGACCGACUGCCUGGGUCUGCGGUUCACCUGGCUUCACUCCGUCUUUGAUAAUUUCCCGUCGCUCCUGAAUUUCGCAGCGAGACUCAAGUGUGAGACAGGACUCUGUCCUCGGCAGCUGCAGGACUACGGCUGCUCCUGCAGAUUCCUGGCAGCAGGAGGCGCUCAGGAUCCUGUGGACGUCUGCUGUCACAAUCACAGGUGGUGUUACCAGAAUGCCGCCCCCUGCAGGCAGACGGUGGCGCCGCUGCUGCAGAGCCUGAAGUGUUCACGCGUGAACAGCAGCUGUGGUGAGUUUCUGAGACGACCACGAACUGGAGGAACACCGAGAGCUGUGGUGACGACACUGUUGUUGAAUCCGCUAGGUGGUGCUGAUGAGUGUGAGCAGAGGUUCUGUGAGUGUGACCAGGCUGCCCUCUACUGUCUGAAUCAGAGUUCACUCAAUCCAUCCCUGAGAGGAGUCUCUGAGGAUUUCUGCUCAGGCGACAACCACACAGACCUGCAGGGGGCGACACUGUCGACAGGAGAGCCCGUCACAGGCGCUGCAGAUUUUCUCUCGACAGUGAACGACUCUUUCAGUCUGGAUUUCUUUAGCCCCGCCCACUUGUCAACAGAGGUCGGUCUCCUGACGACCAGCGGAGGAGGUAAUGAGAGUGACGUCACAGCCAGGGACCCUGACCUCGUCACCCCGGGACCGCCCACCCUGCUGGACACUACUGAUUCGGUCGGUGUCUCAUCACAGACACAGAACAUGUGGAGAAGCACAGUCCAACCUGAGGAGGAGGAGGAAGAGGAGGAGGAGGAGGGGGUAACUUCUCCUCAGGAGUCCAGCAGCUCCACAGCGCCCCCUGCAGCUCAGGUUUAUCACAGCUCCUCCUCUGCAGCAGACACCACCACCAGGGCAGCGUUGACGGUGACACCUCCUCCACGGAGCGCGGAGGAUCCUGAGGAGGAACCAGGGGAGGAAGAGGACACGUCAGAUUUUCUGCUUCUGUUACAUUUUCUCUCAGUUCCAGGUAAAAACGGUCCCUCGUCGUCCACCGUCUGGUCCUGGACCCGAGGACCACCUUCUCAGACCCCGUCCUCCUUCAGGAACAGGACAGAAGCGUCUGAGUCUGAGGAGAAAAAGACGUGGACGGUCAAACCUGGGUCUGAGGACAGAGACACAAAAGACAGCUCACAGGAAAAAGACGCAGACGGUAAAGUCCGGAGGUCGUCUGUGGUCUUAGCUAACGUUUACCUGACGGAAGUUGAGUUCGCGUUUAUUCACGCCGAUGUUCUGGUCAACACUUACCUUAGGUCAGUACCCGAGCAGUCCAGUAGAGGGCAGUGUUCAUUCAUUGUGUCUAUUUUGGCAGAAACAGGCGUUGUCCAGAGGAGGGCGCUGCCGUUCUUUGCCUGGUCUCUGCUCCAGUCUGUGGGUUUAACUGAUCUGCAGCUACAGUCUGACGCCAAAGACUGCAGUCGCUCCUUCUCUGUUUACGGUAGUGACGGAAAACUACAGCGCCACCUGCCGGCACUCGGUGAGAUGCUUCACUGUCUGACAGGACGAUGUCCACACGAGUACGAAAUGUAUGGCUGCUACUGUGGCCAGGAGGGCGGCGCUGGUCAGCCACUGGACCAGCUGGACCGCUGCUGCUUCUUCCAUCAGUGUUGUCUGAAGCAGAUCAUCUUUCUGGGUUGUAGCCCAGACAGAAAACACAACGCCCGGGUUUCCUGUCAGGAGAGGAAACCACGCUGUCAGGGCGUGAACAUCUGCGACAAACUCCAGUGUGUGUGUGACCGGACCACGGCUCAGUGCAUGGCUGCAGCCGCCUUCAACCACAGCCUGGCAACGCAGCGGUGCAGUGGUUUGACUCCGCCCUGUCACCGUGUCAUCAGACCCCCCAAACCACCUCAGUCCAGUGAGGAGAAGGAGGAGGAGGAGGAGGAACCACCAGGAGGAAGAACUGACGCUGAGAGCAGUGAAAGUUCUGAUCUGACAGAAGAUCAAGAGUUCACUUCUCCUCCUGAAUCGAUUCCUCUUUCUCCUUCUACGCUGCUAAACCACAGACCUGGACCAGACCAAGUUCAGGGACCAGGAGAAGAAGAGGAGGAGGAGGAGAAGAAGGAGGAAGAGGUGAUGGAGGAGGAAGAGGUGGAGGAAGAAGAAGGGGGAAAGUAGAACUUUAGCUUUUGGUCCUUUUUAUAGCUAUAGAAAAUGUUGACUUUUAUCCCGUAGUUUGUAUUUACGUGAAUGGAAAAAUAAACCUUGACUUUUAUUUUGG